AUGAGAUUGGGAUUGGUGAUGAGCCACGUAUUUGUGCAAGUCAUAGCCGUCUAGCAGAGAGUGAGGAAUCCGGGAUUCCAAAAGUGGAUGACCAGGAUCGUAAGUGGCAUCAAGGACAUUUGGAGGGCGAGGUUGAACCCAAUGAUGACCAUUAUGGACUAAAAUGCAACCCCAAGUACCCUUUCUUAAGGGCAUCAUUUUUUGUCUGGUCACGAUCUACUGCGUACAUGGAGCUGACGUGAUUCUCUCAUGUGAAGAUAGUGUGGGCCUAAAUGCCUUGGGCGACAAUGAUCGCUAUGUGAUCCAAAGCCACGAUUUUUCAAUGUCUCAGUUUUACGAUGGCCCUCAACGUUGCUCGUAUAAAGUCAGAAAACAAGGGCGAUGUUCCCAGAUGCGACUGAACUGCCCGACGUUUGAGUUGGAAGAAAGCGACAACUGCACUCGUGAUUUCGUGCGCAUUCGGGGGCAAGACUUUGAUUUCAGUGACGAUGUCAACCUCAAUAAUGGACGGUUAUGUGGCACCGUGGACAUUAUCGAAGUCUUCUCUACCGGCAGAUGGUUCAAUUUGACAUUUAAGACGAACAGGCGAAAUAACAAUUUUAAUGGGUUUCAAUGCUUCAUUUCUUGCGCGGAUAAUCUGCCUUCCACUACCCAAGGGCCCGUUACUGAAACCCCAGAACCAUGCAAGUGUGGCGAGACCAAUCGAAUGAGCCGGAUCCAGGGUGGCGAAAACACUCAGGUCAAUGAAUAUCCAUGGCAGACUCUGGUUCAAAUAAUAACUUCAGCAACGAAUGCGUAUUUUUGUGGAGGAUCGUUGAUUUCGGAUCGACAUGUUCUCACCUCUGCGCACUGCUUCCUUACACCCAACUUAAACCUAACACAUUCCGUGUCAACACUCUCGGCCUUUGGACUCCAUGACCUUCAAGACCUCGAUAUAACGACCUCGCUUUUUGCACUAGACAAAAUGGUCACGCUUCAUCCGGAUUACAACGAAUUGACAUUAGACAACGACUUUGCCAUUGUUGAGUUGAAGGGCCCUAUUAACUUUAGUGAUUUUCCUAACAUUCGACCAAUUUGUUUACCAGUACCUGGACAUGAACUUCCAUUGGGAUCUGAAGCUAUAACAACUGGAUGGGGAGCUACAGGAGGGGCUUCUAACAGCAUUCUACAAGCGGCGACCGUUUCCACUAUAUCAUCCAGUGAUUGUCAACAGGAGCUUCAGUAUACAAUAACAAAUAAUAUGAUGUGCGCAGAAUCGACUGUUGGAGGACAAGGACCUUGUUCGGGUGACCAAGGAGGGCCAAUGAUUUCAAACGAGGCCAACGAAAACUAUUAUGAACUGGUUGGAGUGAGCUCAUUUGGUCCCGGAUGCACCGUUCCCGAGGCUCCAUUUGUGUAUUCCAAUGUAUCAGCUGCCUUGGAUUGGAUUUUGUCUGAGAUUGGGACACCAUCGUGUGAACGGCCCUUAAACUUGACAUAAAUCAAUGAAAUUUGGUUGAAUCAAAGUGCAACUUGUGCCAUUUUGACAUAUUUUUGAUUGGAUUUUGAAUAAAGAAUCUCUGCAUAUUGAA